AUGGGGUUUCGGAAGAAGCUCGGGACGCAAAACGCCAUGAUCUUACUGAAGAACGAGAUCAUCGACGAUACGACGGGCACCAAGGACAACAGAGUCAUACUCGGGCUGGAGUUGCAGAGAGCCUUCGAUAAAGUGAGGCACUCGGCUAUCCUGGCCCAAGUAUCCAGGCUAAACAUGUGCAGGAGGACAUACCAGUACAUCAAAUACUUCCUGACGGAACGGAACACCGAAAUCUGCGCGGGAGACCUGCAGGUCGAAAAGAAGAAGCUGGGCAGCGUCGGAACUCCGCAGGGCUCGGUGUUCUCCCCGCUACUCUUUAACCUCGUGAUGAUCAGGGCGGCCAAAUGGCUAGAAAGAGUAGCGGGAGUCCGGCCCACCAUCUACGCCGACGACGUUACGCUAUGGGUACCGGGAGGAAGCGACUGA